UAUAUAAUAUAAAAGUAAUAGUUGUUUUUAAUAUAGAUUCAAACAGCCCUGACAGAGCAGCGACAAUGGCAUCACAAAGGAGUUUAAUGAAAGACUUCUAUAAACUACUGAAAACUAUUGACAGUUUUACAGAGGGACAGGCCCGUGUUUUAUCAUGGACUGACGGUAACGAUGAAGACGAAUUCAGCUUCCUGGUGGAGAUUUCUCCUUCUGGGGGCUCCUACUGCGGCGGCAAAUAUACAUUCAAGAUUGCAACGAAAAGCCAGGAUUGGCCCAAAUAUCCUCCCGCAAUUACAUGCCAGACACUAAUAUUCCAUCCCAAUAUUGAGGAACUCACAGAGGACAUAGACUCUCUAGAAACCUUGGACGAUCUCUCAAUUGACUUGAAAGUGUGUGUCAGCUUACUUGAGGACGAGGAAUGGAGCGCGGCCCCCUGGUCAUUUGACGACUGUGUUCAAGCCUUAUUAUUUUUGUUAUAUGAACCAAAUUUUGAUGAUCCUCUUUCUGAAUAUAUGCAGUACUUAGACUGUAACGAAAUGGCCCGACUAUCAGUGAUAGGCGGUGAGAUUGACGGUGGAGUUUAUGUUCCGAUGAACGCAGGUUGGCGGGAAAUACGCGGAGAAAUAACGGACAUUGCAUGUGAGGAACCAAUGGAAAAGGACCUUCAUGUAUCAAAAAUUGAAUGCAACAUUGUAAAUAGCAAACGAGACACAAAGAAGGGCAAUCAAGUUGUCUUGGAGAACUUCUUUAGUAACUAUCUGCAUGAGAUUGUGUAUGAAGAUCCGGGAAUGCAGACUUUUGAAUUUUAUCAAUGAAGGAUGUAUUGGAUAAAUUGAAUUUGAUUUAUCUAGAUGUAUUUUUAUCGGACAUGUGCAAUGUGCAUUUAACCAUAUUAUGCAUAAUAUAUGUGCAGAAAAUAAUAAUAAUUUGUGACAUAUAUA